AUGCAGAAGUGUGACUUCGGGACUUCGGAGGUUUUAUUCCUUGGCUAUGUGGUUUCGGCGGCCGGUUUACGGGUGGAUCCUCAGAAGGUUGAUGUUGUGGCUUCCUGGCCAACGCCAAAGACAAUUUCAGAGGUCCGGAGUUUUCAUGGAUUGACCUCCUUCUAUCGACGCUUCGUACACAAUUUUAGUACUAUUAUGGCACCUAUGACGGAUUGUAUGAAGAAUGUCACUUUCUCGUGGACUAAGGAAGCCGAUGAUGCCUUUUCACUUAUCAAGGCGAAGUUGACAACAGCCCCAAUACUUGUGUUACCAGAUUUCGACGCCCCUUUCGAAUUACACUGUGAUGCCUCGAAAUUAGGAGUGGGAGCUGUUUUAAGCCAACAUUGUCGCCCUAUUGUUUAUUACAGUGAGAAGUUGGCAGGUGCUCGUAGUCGGUACAGUACCUAUGAUGUGGAGUUCUAUGCGGUUGUGCAAGCAGUCAAACAUUGGUGGCACUAUCUCGCCCACAAAGAGUUUGUGUUGUUCACCGAUCAUGUUGCUUUAAAGUAUUUGGGCACUCAGGACAAAAUCUCUUCUCGCCAUGCAUCUUGGACUGCAUACUUGCAACAGUUUACAUUCGUUAUUAAACAUUAG